AUGUCUGCGUCUCCCUCUGUAUCGCCCUCCCCACAUCUCCCUCUGAGUCGUAUAGACACCGAUCCUGUUCAAGGCAUUCCUGGACGCAAUCCAGAUGAAAACGGUGCACUACUUCAAACUGAAAGACUCAAUGAAGAUGUUGAACCGCAGUUAAGGAAACGCAGGUAGGUCCCGUUUGUGUUUGGCAGGAUACGCGUCCGGUUUCUUAAAGAUCCAGUUGAGAGGAUUAAAUUUAGAAAUUAUAUAAAACAAAACCUCUUUUCUUUGGCAAACAAACAGGCAAAAGGGAAUGACAGAGAAGUUACUUGCUCUGCAACAUUGUGUAGUAUAGGGAGUGAACAGCAACAGCAAAUUUAUUUAAUCAGCUUUAUUUGACAAGCAUGCAAAUAGCCACACAUUGUUGUACAUAACUAGCACAUACUACCACAAGAAUGAUAAUAUUUAAAAACGUGCCAAAGAUGGAGAAGCACAAACGAGAUCCCACGCAUGGUGCUCAUCAUUAAUUAGUCAAGACAGUACAGACAAAACAAUGCGUUAAUAUAGAAUAGAAAAAAAAUGAUGUGGAAGGAAAGCAAGAAGUACAGUAGAUUAAGAAAGGAGAAGAGAACGACUGAUAUAGAAGAUAUUCAGUCGUGAUCAAUGAGUGUGAGCUAGGUAAGUCAGGAGUGUAAGCAGUGGCAGUAAGUUGGAGGUACUGUAAGUCUUGUGGAGAUAUGUUUUGGGUUCAUGUUCUUUUAAGGAGACCAAGCAUUUUGUUUGCCUUUGCAACCAUCUUUAAUAUAUAAGGGCCUCAUUUCAGAUCGCUAGAUACAAGAAGGCCAAGAUCCUUUUCGGCUUUGCAUGAUGAUAACUCAUUUGAGUCAUACAUACGGACUACGGUAUGAGAAUUUAAUUGGCUUCCGUUUUCUUGUAACCGUCAACACCUUGCACUUUCCUGUGUUGAAUUUCAUCCUCGAUUUCGUACUCCAUUUCCCCAGCAUGCUCAAGUUUUCUUGUAACGACUGACAGUUGUCUACUGAUCUUAUUUCACUGUAUAAUUUUGCGUCAUCUGCAUACAAUGCGGAGCAUGUACUCGAUGAUACAUUGUCGGGAAGAUCAUUUAUAAAUAUUACAAAAAGUAAUGGUCCCAGAAUGCUACCUUGCGGUACACCAGAUGUAACAGGAGACCAUGAAGAUGCUGUGCCCUCGAUAACAACUCUCUGCUGUCUGUCGUUCAAAUAGCUUUCGAACCAACGUAGAAGAGAGCCAUUUAUACCAUGUAUUUGUAGCAGAAUAUCUGCUUUCUUCCACUCUCUUGCAUGGAACGCCACCUGUUUCUAUUGAUUUGUUGAACAAACUGCAGAGGCUUGAUGAUAUCUCCUUAGAGCAUUCUUUAAGUAGACGUGGUGGCAUUCGGUCAGGACCAUAAGCUUUUGAUGUGUCCAAGUUGUUAAGGUAACGCUCCACUUUGCAUUCAGAAAUUUCAAUACUAGAUAUUUCCUCACACGUUUUUGGAUUCAUACGUCCAGGUUAAUUGUUCUUUAUUGGAAGGAAAACAGAGGCGAAGUAUUCGUUAAAAAGUUCAGCCUUUUUGUUCGGCGUUCUUGCUUUAGUUACGUUGUUAUAGGUGUUGAAUGAUGGAGCAUUCCUACUGCGGAGAAUAUGUUUAUGGUAGGAUCAGAAUAACUUUGGUGAAUGUGUGAUCGAAUCUUGAACUCUUUCCAGAUACUGCUGUCGCUUAACUCUAAUCAAAUCUUUGGUUUCUUGUGUCAACUGUCGUAAUUUGCGUUUUCUAACUUCUGUUCGUUUCUGCCGAUAUUGCCGAAGAGCUGUAUAUUUCUUAUAUAUUAGAUGCUUUACUUCACAAUCUAUCCAUGGUGGUGUAUUGAUGUCCAGAACAGAUGUCUUAGGGACAAACUGAUCUAUUGUUGUAAGAAACAGGUCUUAUUCAUCCACAUCCGAAUGAUCAGAUAUGGCGGAGUGGAGAGGGACGGACAGAAGAUGUUGUCUGACAGCAUUGAAAUUUGCGUUUUUAAAGUCGUAUAUUGGUUGUCUUACUGGUUUUGCUCUUUGAAAACAAAGUUCGAUGUCGAAUUCGAUAAGGUAAUGAUCAGAUGGAAAUAAAUUAGUUGGAUUUAUACAGUUGACGUUAGUGAUGAGCUCCAGAAUAUUGCAGAAAACACAGUCCAGUUUAUUCCCAUGCACGCAGAUAAUAUAUGCAUGGUAUAGUUAUAUAAAUGAUAUAGUUAUAAAUUUAUAUUAAUGAUAAAAAUAUUGGCAUAAAUUGACGUAUUUGAUAUCCUACUUACUUGUUGCUCGUGGCUCAAAUUAAACACAAUUUGGCCUAUUUUUAAGGAUAUGCUUUCGUUUAUCAUAAUAUAAAAAGACGUUGCGAUUUUUAGUUACUUUGUUGAUCACCUAUCUGUCAGCUAGUGACGUUACAAUUACUGCCAUUGGUUUAUGCACUAAUUGUUGAUAAUGAAUAAAAAAAUUGUUUAGUUUCACAUGUAUAAUGUUUCUGCUAAGUCGAGGUACUAUUCACAGUGAUGUAUACAAAAUAUGAACUGCGGGUCCAUGGACCUGCAGGUUGCUUAAUUACACCGGCAACAUUAGUGAAGAUUAAUACUGCAGAAACAGUUGUACUCCCAUAUUAAUGAGUGCAGAGUGAGCCUAAAGUUAAUGGUGGACAUGUUAAACAAAUAAUGUAUGAAUGUACGUCUGCAGAACAGAGGAUUUCGCACCUCCCUCUGUGGGUCAUACAGUGGACACCGAUUCUGCUCAAGGCAUUCCUGGUUGCAGUCAAGAUGAAAACAGUGAACUACUUGAAACUGAAAGAGUCAAUGAAGAUGUUGAACACCAGUUAAGGAAACGCAGGUAGGUCCGUUUGUGUUUGCCAGGAUUAGCGCCCGGUUUCGUAUGAUCAAGUUGAGAGGAUUAAAGAAAUUAUAUAAAACAAAACAUGUUUCGUUGUCAAACAAACAGGCAAAAGGGAAUGACAGAGAAGUUACUUGCUCGCCAUUAUGUAGCAUAGGGAGUGAACAGCAACAGCAAAUCAUAGUUAAUUAUAAAUUUAUACUAAUGAUAAUAAUAUUGGCAUAAAUUUAUAUAAAUUUAUAAAUUUACGUAUUUGAUAUCCUACCCAUGCACUUGUUGCUCAUGGCUCAAAUUUAAAGAUAAUUUGGCCUAUUUUAAAGGAUAUCAGAUUUUCAUGUAUCAUAAUGUAAAAAGACGUUGCGAUAUUUAGUUAUUUUGUUAAUCACCUAUCUGUCAAGGACGUUACAACCGCCAUUGGUUUAUGCACAUGUUAAUUAUAAAUAAAAAAAUUUGUUCAGUUUCGUAUGUAAUGUUUCUGUUAAAUCGUUGUACUAUUCACAGGAUGUAUACAAAACAUGAAACGCGGGUCCAAAGACCACCCAUGGACUUGGUUGCUUUACAAAACAUUAGUGUAUGAAAUUCUCAUUAAAAUGAAUACUGGAGAAACAAAUGUAUUGCCAUAUUAAUGAGUGCAGCCCAAAGUUUAGAGAAUGGUGGACUUUUUAAACUAACAAUGUAUUACGUCUGCAGAACAGAGGAAUGCGCACCUCCCGCUCAUGUGAGUCAUACGGUGGACAUUCAUCUUGCUGAAACUGAAAGACUCAAUGAAGAUGUUGAACCGCAGUUAAGGAAACGCAGGUAGGCCCGUUUGUGUUUGGCAAGAUUCAGUUGAGAGGAUUAAGUUUAGAAAUUAUAUAAAACAAAACAUCUUUUGGUUGGAAAACAAACAGGGAAAGGGAAUGACAGAGAGGUUACUUGCCCACCAUUAUGUAGCAUAGGGACUGAACAACAGUAAAAUGUAGUAAUAAAUUUACAAUGAUAAAAUUAUUGGCAUAAAUUUAUAUAAAUUUAUAAAUUGACGUCUAAUUAAAAAUCAUUUUUUAGUUUUAUGUUUUGGUUCAUGCCUGAUGGGGAGGGGAGGGGGGGGGGUGUUGGAUGUCCUACCCAUGCUGCACUUGCUGCUCAUGGCUCAAACUUAAUGAUAAUUUGGCUCAUAAUGUAAAAAGACGAUGCGAAUUCUAGUUACUUUGUUAAUCACCUAUCUGUCAAGGCGCCACUGGUUUACGUAUCAGGAGUGUUUUAUUAUAGGUUUAAAGCCACGAGCGAAUGGCUUUAGACCUAAUAAAACACGUCCUGCGAGUUUAUUAAAUAAUGGCUUCAAACACGACUACAAAUUCACUAGAUAUACUGCCUUAGUAUUAUAGUAUAUUCUUUAUAUAUAAAGAAUACUAAUGAGGACACGACUACAAUAGAUACUGCCUUAUUAGUAUUCUUUAUUUAGUCUAAGGAUAAGUAAAAAAUCAUGCACUUUGUGAAGAAAGCACCAAAUUCACAGGAAGUGUAGACUUUAACAUGAUAAUGAAUCUUAGAUAUGGAGGCAUCACCAAAAUUGAUGCUGACGCUUAAAAUUUAGGAUUUCUUAUAUAGAGAAUAAUACAUGGGUGCGCGGAAAUACCAAAUUUAUUUCGAGUGUUGAACAUGAUAUGCGAACGAGUGAGAUAUCAUGUUCAACACGAGAAAUAAAUCUGGUAUUUCCAAGCACCCGUGUAUUUUUCUGUUUAUUAUAUAAAGGGCAAUCUUUGAAAAACGAUAAUUUUUACAGAAAAGCGAAAAUUGAAAAGCGAUAAUUUUCACAUGUGAGAUUAUCAUGAAUAAUCUCACAUGUGAGAUUAUCACUUUUAUCAGUGCUCGAAAUCUCUAUAAAGCACUAUACUUUAUAUAAUAAAUUCUCUUAUUAAACUCUAAUACUAUUUAAAAUUGUGAAAUUGCAGGUUCACGUAGAGCAAUAAUGACUUGCAUCAUUAGAAAGCUUACAAAGAACUACAUAUAAGACUUUUAAACGGCUGAUUGAUUAUUCCAGUUAUUGCUAAAAACGUGAUAAAUAGGCGAAAAUCUGCCUCCUCUGCAGGCCCUCGUUGCGUCAUGGGAAGGUGACGAUCUGGCGAGGGCCUGCGUAAUCUUGUAAAAAAAAUGGCGCCGGCGUCACGUCAGCAAGAAAAUUUCUACAUAAUCUUCAAUAUAAACAGGAUAUAAAAAAGCGGCGUGAAGCUUGUAAAUUAAACUGGCGACUCUUAGGACGUGGAAGGAAGCAUUUUUUAACGAUAAGGUUUGUUGUCCACACCAACGUUGCACGAAUAGAACUGCCUUCUUUAACGAAGCAGCUUCAAAACAACAUUUAUUUAUUUUACAAGAUUCCGCAGGCCCUCUCGAAACCGUGACCUUCCCAUGACACAACGAGGGCCUGUGGAGGAGGCAGGGCGAAAAUCCCGCAAAAGUCCUGGACACUAGCCCAAUCCAGAGGAGUUGGAAAAUCAACUGCUUUUAAAAUAAAAAAAACUGCUUUUAAAUGCCUUAUUAUAUGUAGUUUUUCGUAAGCUUUCUAAUGAUGCAUGUCAUUUUUGCUAUAUGUGGACCUGCAAUUUCACAAUUUUUAAUAGUAUCUAUAGGAGAUUAAUAAGAGAAUAUAAGAAAUCCUAAAUAAUUAAUAAGAGAAUAUAAGAAAUUCUAGAUAUAUAUUAUGUUAAAGUCUACACUUCCUGUGAAUUUGGUGCUUUCUUCACAAAGUGCAUGAUUUUCUCAAAAAUCUGUGCAUAUCCGCUGGACUAAUAUAAAGAAUAAUAAUUAGCAGUGUUUUAUCAGGUUUAAAGCCACUGCACGUGACAUGUUAUGGUUGACAUGAUUUGUCAAUAAGCUAAUGAAUUAUUAAUGAAUGUAUAUGUAAUGUGAAAAUCUGCUAAAUCGUAGUACUAUUCACAAUAUGUAUACAAAACAUGAAAUUCUCAUAAAGAUAAACACUGCAGAAACAAAUGUAUUGCCAUAUUAAUGAGUGCAGUCUGCUGGACUUGUUAAACAAAUAAUGUAUUAUACGUCUGCAGAACAGAGGAAUUCGCACCUCCCUCUGUGGGUGAUACAGUGGACACCGAUCCUGCUCAAGGCAUUCCUGGUUGCAGUCAAGAUGAAAACAGUGCACUACUUCAAAGUCGCAAUGGCAAUGAAGAUGUUGAACAGCAGCUAAGGAAACGCAGGUAGGUCCGUUUGUGUUUGGCAAGAUUAAGAAUUAAGUCUAGAAAUUAUAUAAAACAAAACAUCUUUUCGCUGUCACUCAUACAUACACGCAGGCAAAUGGGAAUGACAAAGAAGGUACUUGCUCACCAUUAUAUAGCAUAGGGAGUGAACAGCAACAGCAAAAUUUAGUAAUAGAAUUAUAUUCUAAUGAUAAAUCUAUUGGUAUGAUAAAUUUAUAUGUAGUAUUUAAAAAACGAGAAGAAGUGUUUAUCAUAUUUAAAACGCGAGGCCGAGCGUUUUAGAUAUGAUAAAACGCGAGUUCGAGUGUUUUGAAUAGCUUAAAAUACGACUACAAAAGAAUACUAAUUAGGAUGAACAAUUAUAUAAAGAAUACUAAUGAAGAUGAGUUUUAUCAGAUAUAAUGUCACUCCACGUGACAUAUUAUAGCUGACAUGAUUUGCCACAAGGUUUAUGAAUUUUUAAUGAGUAUUUUAAAUAGUACAUAUAAGUUGAAAAUGUUCUCGAGUGUGUGUUUCAUAAUUUCCAUACCCAGCGCAAGCAGAAAGAUAACGUCUGCCGCGGUUGGGUCUUGAACCCUCGACCUUCGAAUUACUAGAUCGACGCUCUACCAACUGAGCUACACGGUCAGACGGAUUUAAAUUAUUUGAUGCUAUUGUUCACUCGGUAAUAACCGCCAUUGGUUUAUGCACUUGUUAAUAAUAAAUAAAAAAUUGUUUAGUUUUAUUAUGUUUUUUUUAUGUAAUGUUUCUGCUAAAUCAUAGUACUAUAUUCACAGGCUGAAGAGUGAAGAAAGAUGUUGAAGGCUUUUCUUAUCCAAAUGAAAAAAGUGCGCAAACUGUAUCACCGGAAACUGUUAGACGACUUAAAUUGUUCCACUUAAAUAAGUUAAAAGAACGCAGGUAGGUCCGUUUGUGUUUGGCAGGAUAAGCGCCUUGUUUCUUAUUAUUAAGGUUAGAAAUGAUAUAAAACAAAACAUCUUUUCGUUGGCAAACGAACAGGCAAAAGGGAAGGAAUGACCAUUAUGUAACAUAGGGAGUGAACAGCAACAGCAAAAUGUAGUAAUAAAUUGAAUUUUAUACUAAUAAUAAGUUUAUUGGUAUAAUUUUUCAUAAAUUGACGUCUAAUUAAAAACUUCUGAGUUUUAUGUUUUGGUUCAUGCCAGGGGCGGAUAUCUCACAAAAGAUGGGGGGGGGGGGUUGGAUUUCCUACCUACUUGUUGCUAGAACAUGGCUCAAACUUAAUGACAAUUUGGCCUAUUUUAAAAGAUAUCGGGCUUUUAUGUAUCAUAAUGUAAAAAGACGUCGUUGCGAUUUCUAUAGUUACUUUGUUAAUCACCUAUCUGUCAGGGACGUUACAAUCGCCAUUGGUUUAUGCACUUGUUAAUAAUAAGUAAAAAAUUAUUUUGUAAUGUUUCUGUUAAAUCGUAGUAUGACAGGAUGUAUACAAAACAUGAACCGCGGGUCCAUGGAUCACCUUGUGUACGCGGUCCAUGGACUACCCGUAUACGUAGACCACCCAUCAUUUUCUAUAAUUAAGACGCCAAAUUUUACUUUUGUGUAUAAAACAAGCAUUACAGCCUUAACACGAGAGUUGCUACAUUUGCAUUUGCCUUGGCAAGCCCCUUUCCACUAAAUCAUACUCUCGCUGACUUAACUAGUCCCUUGUUGGAUCGCCCGAGACCUUUGCAAUAUAAAUUCUUCAAAAUAACAGCAGGAUACAAACAUUAACGCCCGUAUUCUAAAAGCACAUGCACUCACACUGAAUGAGUGGAAGUUCAAUCUGAGCUUCUCUCGAGUGUCAUUGCUGUUUUUGAAUAGCUGGAGAGUUAGUGUCAUUCCUUACUAUGUGACUACUCACCCUCCAGCUAUUCAAAAACAGCAUUGACACUCAAGAGAAGCUCGGAUUGAACCUCCACUCAUUGAGAGAGAGUGAGUGAGCUUUUAGAAUACGGACGUAAAGGUCUGCCCGAAUCGCGUCCCGGCCCUUCCCUGUCGAGUGUCGUAAACGGAGAGAGUUAUGAUUUUACGUUUUUAUGAUCAAAAAAGCAUCGGAAGAAAUCGGGUGUUACCUUUGGGGUAAGCGGGCGAGGUUUGGGCAUGGCUAAACCAAGGUGUCUGAAAUCACUAUAACUUUACGACAUGCAGUAACAACUCUAAACCAUGCAGUUUCGAUACGAACGGCCAGUUAAAAUAUGGUUAUGUACAAAAGUUUACACUAUAAUAUCACACUAUGUUCGUUUCUUUUGCAGGAAACUCCACACUUCCCGGGGACCAACAAGCGAUAAUCCUCCUGACGGAAUUGGUUUAUCAGACCUGGAAAUACCUCCUGAUAAAUUAGACUGGUAUUUGUUAUAAUAUUAUAAUAUUUGUAAUUGUUAUUAUGUCAAUUGUAUCAAUUGGACUAGUCAG